AUCUUGUAUUACCAAUGCUUUGGAACGAUCCAAGAAAAGAUCAGCUCGGCAGGCAAACCUCCAGGUCGGGUUGACGUACAAGUAUAAUCCCGUAUUAGCCCGGAAUAGACAGAUUCUAGCUACUCAUUCCAAUUAUCACUCAGGCUCCCUACCUUGACUUUUCUAGGCGAAUAUGGCUUCCCCUUUCAAUACUUGGUUAGUUACCGGUUGUUCCAGCGGGUUCGGCGAACUAUUUGUUCGGCAACUCCUAGCCUUGGGGCACAACGUCAUUGCAACCGGACGCAAUGCAGACACCAAACUCGCCCAUCUCAAGGACACCGGCGCUAGUAUUCUGAAUCUAGACGUCUCAGCACCUCCAAAUGAGAUAGACGCCAUAUUAACCGAUGCGUGGAACAUAUACCCCGGGGGUAUUGAUGUGGUUGUCAACAACGCUGGUUACAUUCUGAGUGGUGCAAUUGAGGAGAUAACCCCGGAAGAAAUGGAGCAAGUCAUGAAGACGAACUUUCAUGGUCCUUUAAAUAUUACUAGAUCUCUACUUCCUAAACUCCGCGCUAAAGGCACCGGUACACUCCUUUAUAUUAGUUCCCAAGCAGGUUGGCACGCCGAUCCUGGUGCUGCUGGAUAUUGUGGGAGCAAAUUUGCUCUCGAAGGCGCUGUUGAAUGUCUCGCCCAUGAACUGGCAAUAUUCGCGCCUGGCUUGAAGGUUUUAACCAUCGAGCCAGGAUACUUCCGUACUCGCGCUUUUGGUAAUAUCAAUCAUGUCCCUCCCCGUGUACCAGAAUACGCCAAAUUCAACGCCGCCGUCCGCAAAGUAGAACAAGGUACCGUAGGUAAAGAGCCUGGUAAUGCUGAAAAGGGUGUCGCGAUCAUGAUUGAUUUGGUAAAGGGGACUGGUGUUGCUGCGGGGAAACAAGUCCCGUUACGGGUGCCGCUGGGAAGUGACGGGUGGUCUAGAAUUAGAGCCAAGUGUGAAGGUAUGGUAAAUAUUUGUGAUGAUUGGGAGGAUGUAGCCAGGAGCACAGAUAUAAAAUAAAAAUACCCAUGGAUUCUGAUUGACAUGGGCGGAUUGUACCUAGGUAUAUGUCUGAAUAAGAAGCUAUCCCUAUACUAUUUGCUUAUUCCACAUCCCA